AUGGAUACGUAUAACCAGGGCUCUGCCGAAAUGAAGAUUUCAGACUUCUACUGGGGGGACCAAAGUUCUUACAGUCUAAAUGACAACCGGACACUAGCCUCAUGACACAGCAGUCUGUUAAUAACCAAAGGAGCCAUCGCCAGCCUACUGGCUAUCGUACAGGCCAGGAUGCAGUGACUAGAUUGCCGUUUGAGGAACCCAAGCGUUCCCCUCUCCUGCCCCCGGACCUGUUAAAGAGUCUGGCUGCUCUAGAGGAGGAGGAAGAGCUGGCUUUCUCCCCUCCUCCUGAUCUGUACCCAGCUCUGCUCGGCCCUCUGGCCACUCUUCCUGGACGAAGCCUCUUUGAGAGGUUCCCAAGUAACAGCGUGUUUAACGAGGUGUAUGGCAAACCACCAUGCAGCAGCACAAAGCCAGAGUCAUGUCCACCUUUUGGACAACAGGAGACAUCUCUUUACUCCCUGUUUGAGGGUAAACCUUGGUCUCCAUCGCUUCCAGCCAGCUCAGAUCACUCUACACCAGCCAGCCAAUCACCUCACUCCUCUAAUCCAAGCAGCUUGCCCAGCUCUCCACCCACCCAUAAUCACACCUCCCAGCCCUUUUCCAACUUUGGGCCUAUUGGAACCCCAGACAGCCGAGAUCGAAGAGCAGCUGACCGGUGGAAGAGCGACAAACCAGCAAUGGGUGGCUUUGGACUAGACUACCUAUCUGUGGCUCCAUCCACAGAGAACAGUUGGCGCCAAGUAAAUAAUUCCAGCAGUGCUAAUGCCUGGGCAGUCCAGGGUAAUGCAAGAGAGGACUCAUCUGCUGCCCUGAUGGAAAGCUUGAAGUCCAUCUGGUCAACCACAAUGAUGCACCCUGGCCCGUCAGCCCUUGAGCAGCUCCUGAUGCAGCAAAAGGAAAAGCAGCAGAGAGGGCAGGGAUCCUUGAACCCUCCACACUGA